AUGGUCAAAUCCAAGCAAACCUGCAAGAAGUCCACUGGUGGCACCGCGCCACGAAUCGUGUUGCCAUUGCCGUCAACCACCCAAGUGGUUCCUGCGCCGAAGGAGAUCGAGGUUUGUGAGCCGUUCCACCACAAUGAGUUCUGUCUCAUUUGCAGGGACGGUUCUGUUGGAGACAAUCGCCUCUUCCUCUGCAACACUUGCCCACGCGUGAUGUGCUCACGCUGCAUGGAUAUUCCCCCUGCCAGUGCACACACGAUCACCAAAGACAAUGUCACAUUUGUCUGCAUCUCUUGCCAUGUGGCAGGACAAUACCAUGGACAUGUGUCUUACUCGCCCUAUUUUGGCUUUUACCGGAAGGGAAAACCCGUUUUUUGCCUCGUUCCUCCCCAUCCAUGUGGUGGAUUCAACUUUCGCACUGUUGUGUUCGACAUUGGCAGUGGCUCGAAGAUCGAGAAUUACCAGUCCAAGGCAAGUGCAAUGGUUCAGGCGCUGUUGGACUCGGACUGGCCGCGCAUCGUCAUUGCAAUCACUAACCAUACUGACAACGACCAUGGCAAUCUGUUUGUCGGGUAUGAGGGGAAGAAGCAAUAUGUCUCUGCCCGUGUUCACUCUGUUCUUGAUGUUCUCCUUUCACCUUGGCAUCCCUUGAUUCAUGGGGCGGGUGAAUCAUACCUGUGGCUUUUUUCUUGUGGCGCACUCAUCAACAACGCGACCUCAUUUGCAUGCUUGCAAAAGGCGGUCAUAGACCAUCAGAUGAUGGCUACUAUCGGCUUCAAUGCUGUCUGCUUCCAACCAGGUUUCACAACGCACCUUUUGCUAGCGUUUGCGGAACUGGUAAUUAUUGAGCAGCUGCCCAUUCAUGUUGUCUUCCCUGACAUGCUAGGCCAGUCCUACAAGCUGGGGCACCAUAGUGAUGUGUUUUUGCUGAUGCCCGAUGGCUCUGAUUCAUUGACCAUCACUCAGUUCUCCUGGAUGCAUUCUGAACUUCGCCCAUGGGGUCAGUACCUGCCGGUCCAAUGCCCAGAGUGUGGAAUGACAAAUGCAGGAAAGGGUAUACAUUCUCACAACCGGCGCAUCCAAGGAUCCUUUUGGCAGGAAAAGGCCCAGUUCAUGCUGGAUUUCAAUGGCCUUGACGCCCAUGCCUGUGAAUUUUUUGGACCUGUUUUGGAUUACGCCCCUAAUUCAAAAUCUUCUCAAAAACGUGUGGUGAAAAAGAUCUGCAAGGCUAUACUGGCCGCCCAUGAGCAACAAGAGGAAGAUUCAACCUUGCCUUCUUCCUUGAAAAAGGCGAUAAAGCAAUACUAUGCCAAAAUCUGUGAAGACAAUGAAGAGGCACGGAAACGAGAGGCCACAAGUCGGCCCAAGGAGGUAUCAUUCUACAAGAAAACAGUGUCUGAAUGGGAUGUGGCGCAAAAAUUAUUUAAGCAGGAAAUUGAUGCGUAUGACAAGGCCGAGCAGCAAAGGAAGGGCUUGCAGCAUUCGAUCAAGUAUCGAACAGGGCAUGCAAGGGAAUGGUUCGGCAACAUGACAACUUCACAACAGCAUGAGGUCAAUCUCAUAUUUGCCCUAAGGUACCGUAAGAACUACCUCAAGAAAACUCUGGAAGAUUUUUCAGAGCAAAUCAGGCGCACCAUGGGUUGUCGUGUAGUCAUGCUCGUGAGUCACAAGAAAAAAGCUAGUCAGACAUUGUCUGUCACUUUCCAUGAAACCGAGCCUCAGAAUACCAGGAAGAGGUUUUCUGUCAGCUCAGGAGGUAUCAAGGAGUGGACUUCGGCUGGAUUUGAAUCCUUCGCAGAAUGGUCCAAGACCGAAUUUUACCCUUCAGAGGAUGAAGACCAUGCCGGUUCAGACAAUGAAGAUGGCAGUAAUGGACCUGUCAUACCUGAAAUUAUCCUAGAUGAUGAUGGGUAUGCAAUACUUCCUACGCGUGAUGGCAUUGGCCUCAAGGGCCAACAUGAAUUGAUUAGAGGCAUAUUUCAUGCUUCAUACAAAGUUUGCACCAGUGGCUCUAGACCUGUGCCUUGGGGUGUGAUAACUGCCAGCUCAUCCAAUUAUUUGGAACCUGGUUCAGUUCCCACUGGAUUUGUGGUCAAAGACCCUUCUCAUAUGAAGACAGAGGAGGCCAAGGUUGGUGAUGUGCGUGCGAAUGUACGAAAUGAAGCACAAAAAAGGAAGUCUGAGAAGAGAAGAGUAAGUGCCCUUGACUCUGACGAAGAAGACCAAGACCGGCCGGCUUCCUUAAGUGGUUCUCAUGCCACAGAACAUAGAACACAACCAGCCGAGCACUCCAACCAGACAACCCCAGACGACGUUGCAAUCAAUGACCGAUAUAUGUUUUUAGAAUCUCUUAGCAAGACUGAAAACUACUUGGAGCUUGUAGAUGCUGUUAGGGAUCUCGCAAUCUCAUUUGUCCAACAGCCAAUUUCAGAGCAAUGCUCAGGUUUGCCUACCUGGGCUGACUGGUCUUGGGGAGGAUCUUAUCUCCCUGAGAAUGUGCAUGUGUCAUAUGCUGCAUUGAAGGCCAGUUUGGAGACACUACAGACAUCUCCAAUCUCAGGGGCACCAUCUGCAAUGCCAGUGGUUCUAGGAAUUGGGCUGGAAGCAGUGGUGAACCAGGAAAUGGAUAGGGUUGUGGAGCAGGAGCAGGAGCAGGAACAGGAGCAGGAGCAGGAUGAAGUCGAGGAGGUGGUGCAGAAAGGGAGGAAGAGAAUGAUUCCCCAAGCUUCAUCAAGUAAAUCUAAGAAGCGCAGGACUAUGCCCGAGGUCCGAAGAUCAGGUAGGGCAAGGCAACCUUCUAAGAAAGCCCAGAAGAUAUAA